AUUUCGAAUACUCUGACAACUAUAUUUUUGAGAUGUGAAACCAAAAUACAACUUUAAUCCAUGCAAUUUUUGCCGGUCAACAAAAUAAAGAUAGACGACGACCUCUCACGGUUUCCUCUUUCGGGCUUUAGUGGGCCUUUUAAUAGUAAUUGUUAUAGUUGGCUUCGUUUGAUAUGGGCCCAGAAAUUAUAUGCUGCCGCGUUCUUGUCGUGUGUUAAAGGGCAAUUCUUAUGUAGAAGUGGAAAGACGCAGGACACUUCUUCUGUCACUUGGCUACUUCCUCUUAAUCGAGCUUGUAAUUCAAUUACCUCACUUAAGAGUAGUACGUAUUUUCCAGAUGAAUGAUGAAUCAGUGAAGGUCACUAAAGAAGAAGCCGAGUAUGUUCUGAUUGAUCUAGACGAUGUUGCGAGGCACAUUGACAUCCCAUCAGAAGCUCCAUAUAUUUUAUCAGGUUUGGAUACUUUGAAUCCGGUUUUGACCAUUGAUGGCAAAAUCAAGCUUGUUGGAAAAUACUUGGAGACAAUUGGUACAUGUCUUGCUUUCUCUGAUAAGGAAGUUGCAGCAGCUGAUAACCAGACACCACACAAGACUGUCGAACCUGUUGCCAAGCUUCACAAGAUUCUUAAGUUUAGAUUAGCAUUGGACAAUGUGGAUGGAGAGAACACAAGAUCAACCAGUUCGUAAUAUGACGAUGUUAACGAAAUGAACAAUUGUCAACCACUACUGAGUUUUUCUGUAACUGACAUAACGAAUCAUAAAUAACAAAACAAAAUCGACAUGUGUUGUUAGUGUCUUUAGAAUCCAUCUGUAAAUUUCUCUAGGCUGUAAAAGAAAAAGAGACCAAAUAAAAUCCUCUGUUGUAACCCUAAACUCAGAAGAAUCAC